UUGCUCUGCUUCCUUACCUAUAUGAAUCAUUUGUAAGUAACUGUUGCUUGCUUCUCUAACAAACAGAAAGGUCUCAAGAUUCUAAAAAAUAGAGAUACUAUGAAGUUACUUUUUGUUCUUGUUACUUCAAUCUUUGUCUGCAUGAGCUUUUGUUCCUCUCUCAAUUCCGACGGCUUAUCUCUACUAGCUCUCAAAUCCGCCGUCGAUAACGACCCGACCCGAGUAAUGACCCACUGGUCUGAAUCCGACCCGACUCCUUGCCGUUGGUCCGGCAUCGUCUGUACGAACGGCCGAGUCACUUCACUUGUACUCUUCGGCAAAAGUCUCUCCGGUUACAUUCCAUCUGAACUCGGUCUACUCGACUCGAUGAACCGUCUCGAUCUAGCUCACAACAAUUUCUCCAAAACCGUACCGGUUCGUCUCUUCCAAGCAACCAAUCUCCGGUACAUCGAUCUCUCUCACAACUCACUCUCCGGCCCAAUACCGGCCCAAAUCAAGUCCAUGAAAUCUCUCAACCACCUCGAUUUCUCCUCUAAUCAUCUCAACGGUUCACUCCCUGAGUCACUCACUGAGCUCGGGAGCCUCGUCGGAACUCUAAAUCUGUCUUACAACCGAUUUAUCGGAGAAAUUCCACCGUCGUUCGGUCGGUUUCCGGUUCACGUCAGCUUAGAUUUCAGUCACAACAAUCUCACCGGAAAAGUACCUCAGGUGGGAUCUCUGUUGAAUCAAGGACCAAUCGCAUUCGCCGGAAACCCUCAUCUCUGUGGCUUACCAUUGCAAAACCCCUGCGAAGAUAUCGAAACCCCUAGUUUCGUCACUGCGAAGCCGGAACUACAGAAACCAAACCCUAGUGUAAUCAGCAAUGACGACGCGACGGAGAAGAAGCAGCAAAUCACCGGGUCAGUGACGGUUUCUCUGAUAUCUGGUGUUUCGGUCGUGAUCGGAGCUGUUUCUAUCUCGGUAUGGCUGAUCCGGAGAAAACGAAGCUCCCACGGGUACACAACAGAUACAAAGACGACGACGGUGGUGGCGGAGUUCGACGAAGAAGGUCAAGAAGGUAAAUUCGUAGCCUUUGACGAAGGAUUCGAGCUCGAGCUUGAGGAUUUGCUGAGAGCAUCGGCUUACGUGAUAGGCAAGAGCAGGAGCGGGAUUGUGUACAGAGUAGUGGUGGGUGAAUCGUCCUCCACCGUUGUCGCCGUUAGAAGGCUCAGCGACGGCAAUGCCACGUGGCGGUUUAAGGAUUUCGUGAAUGAAGUGGAGACCAUUGGUAGGAUCAAUCACCCUAACAUCGUAAGGCUUAGAGCUUACUACUAUGCAGAGGACGAGAAGCUUCUCAUCACUGAUUUUAUCAGCAAUGGCAGCUUGUACUCCGCCUUACAUGGUGGAUCAUCGAAUACUCGGCCUCCCCUCUCUUGGGGCGAGAGGUUACGCAUAGCACAAGGGACUGCUCGAGGUUUGAUGUAUAUACAUGAAUACAGUUCGAGAAAGUAUGCACACGGCAACCUAAAAUCAAGCAAAAUCCUGUUAGAUAAUGAGCAAACCCCUCACAUCUCAGGUUUUGGUCUCUCACGUCUGGUUUCGGGUUAUCCCAAACUCCUUGAUGAUUCACUAUCAACCAGAACGCAAAACGUUGACCAAGCAUUUGCCACAAGACUGUCACUCUCAGCUCCUGCAGCUGCAGCUGCUUACCUUGCACCCGAAUCCCGAGCUUCUUCUGGUUGCAAAUCAUCUCAGAAAAGCGAUGUUUAUUCAUUCGGGGUGAUUCUAUUGGAGCUGUUGACUGGUCGGUUACCUAAUGGUUUCUCUGAAAACGAAGGAGAAGAACUUGUGAAUGUUUUGAGGAAGUGCCACAAGGAAGAAAGAUUGUUGGCUGAGAUCUUAGACCCGAACCUUCUAAGGCAACAUUUCGAGGAUAAGCAGGUUAUUGCAACCAUUCACGUCGCUUUAAAUUGUAUGGAAAUGAAUCCGGAGAUGCGGCCUAAGAUGAGAUCUGUGUCUGAGAGUCUAGGUCGAAUCAAAUCGGACUAAACCCUUUGCUGAAAGAGCAGGAAAGUACUGAUUGUGUAUGUUAAUUAGUCCAAGGCAAAGUGGAGUUUUGUAGUCUCUGUGGUUUAUUUUCUGGACCAAGUGGAUGUAUCGGUUUAUUAUCACAUAUUCCUUGUCUCUUAAUUGAGAGUUUGGUUGUGGAUC